AUGACUGAGGCCCUGAAUCGAGCGAAGUCUGCCCGACAGAAACUCGUGUAUGAACUUGAGGAAUGCAAAGUGGCCUGCCUGUCACUAAAACAAGAUAUAUCGGCGGAGCGAAGCAGAGCUGCUGCACUCAGAAAAACCAUCAAGAACGUUCGAACAGAACUUCGUAAAGCCCUGGACCAAAGAGGCUGGUUGCUCGAUCGGAAGCACAGGAUAGCAGAGGAGUGUCGAGACUUGGAGAGGCAGGUUGGGGAGAUGGUUGGUCGGCGUGGAGCCCUCAUGGCGGAGUUGGGCAGGGACCGAGAGGACGUACGGUUGUUGAAGCAAGCGUUGGCUACGGCUAAGGCUGAGAAGAUUGAGCUGGGUCGGCUGGUCAGCGCUGCUAAGACAGAGGCCAGGCGGUGGGCUAAUGGGAUUAUACAUCAAGUCAAGGAAGCUCAGAGUGACUCUGAGAUCCGUCUCACUGAUAUGGCAGUGGGAGGGCUCACAGCCCGAGUGGGUGAAGGGGAGGCAGAAGACAAUCCACCUCCUGAAGCCACAAGAGGCGUGUGGAGCGCCCAGGAACACUGGCGACAAGAGGAACGCGAGAGGAUACCUCACAAGAGCGAAGACAUCAUAAGACGGGAGCAGCCCUCGACGAGGCCCCUUGUCAAGCCCUGGGCCAAUACAGCGAUGCCGACCAGUAGCAGCAGUAGCAGCUCAUGCAUCACCAUACCCAUGUCGUUCGAAGGUGUCGUAUCUGUUGGGUUCCACAGCCCACUGAAAAAAGUCUUAGACACUUUCUCCCUUUUUUAUGGGAUGAUCGGUCCCGGUGGGAGUGCCCCGUCCUCGUCGUCUUCCUCGGCUCUGCAGCCCCCGGGCGAUCCUAUCAAUGGUGGGAAUAGUGACGGGAGAGCUGCCGUCGGUCGCCGACUGAAAUCGCUGUGUCCCCACAUUCUUCCCGACAUAGAGUUUCCAUCCGAGACGUGCGUCAGAGUCGGCCGUGGCCCACCGAAGCGCGGCGAUAACGUGAAAGUUGUUAACAUCAACGUCCCACAGGUCUCCAAAUUUCAUUUCGAGCUCUCUUUGGGCGCCCCUCUGCCAGGCCAGUCAGUUGCUGGUUGGAUCGUUAGCAAUCGGAGUCGCGGUGGGACGUAUGUAGGUAGGACUUUGCAGACGUGCCGUAAGGUUGGCCGUAGUGGGGUGUCCUGUAUCGCUGACAGUGAGAUGAUAUUUCUAUUCCCUCCCAACAGAGGCCCGAUAUUGGGAUAUCAACUGAUCCUGGGUGACGCUUCUGCUCCGUCGACCCAGCCUGCACGACAACCGACGACUCCGCAGCUAUCAGGGCAAAAGCGCAGGAGGGACUCGAGCUCUUCGGAGUUACCAGGCGAGGAGGAGAUCGCGGAGGAACUACGUUGUGCUAUCUGCCAGGACUUGAUGUAUCGGCCGGUGAUGGUCUUGGACUGUUUACACAAUUUCUGUUCGUCUUGUCUGAGCCAAUGGUUGCAGCGCCACACCGACUGCCCUCAGUGCCGAUCUAGAGUGAGAAGUGUGAAGCCCAAUCGCACUGUGGUCAACCUUACAGAGAAGCUUGUGGAGGGUGACAAGAUUCGAGAUAGACGAUCGGAUCAGGAUAAGCGGCAGUCGGACGAUUCGGACACUCUGCUGAAGAACGAUUACGACCUCAGUAAAGUGAAUCGUGGCUUCCUAUUGGCUGCUCACGGCUCUGCCACCUCAGCGGGGACGGUAGGCCGUAGUGACAUAUCCUACACCGACUAUGAUUCCUAUGAUGAAUAUGAAGACGAGUACUCCUCUCCUGAUGAUGAUGUGGGGCUAGGCCUGGCUAUGGCCUUUGGUAUGUUCCAACAAGUACCGUGUUCAGUCUGUGGCUACUGCCAUUCUUUCGACCCUGUACCGGGUUCCCGGUGCGUUCGAAACGCCCUGCAUGUGUCUUGCAACACUUGCCAGAAUGUCGUCCCUGAUAGGCCAGAUUUGCACGUACGUUGUGCUAUCUGCACCAAGGCCUUCUGUACUCCAGCGACCACCAGGCCAUGUCUGGCUGCAGCAAGGCGAGCUCUUGUCGAGCCACUUCCAUCCUCCCCGGCCCGGUUGUGGAACUCUGACCCGAAUCUGCGGAAGCUGAAGGACCUGGAUACAUCUGGUGGCUACGUCACCCUUUUCCGAGCAUUGGGUGACAACAGCUUUGAGGCUACUGCCCUGGAGGAGCACUUGAGGGGGGUGCACAAGCAUAUCGGCGAUGUGACGCGAGAAGUGCUCGGUCGAGACCAAAAUGCGAAAUUCAAAUUUGAAGUCGAUGGCGCUGCUAAAGAGAUCCAAGUUCGGAAUUUCUACAAUGAUCAUUAUGUAUGCUCUAAGUGCGGCUACGAGGCUGUCAAGCAGUGUAUCUUCCAGUAUCGCAAGGCGCUCUCUGACGAUCAACUACCUCAACGAUGCCGAGGUCGUGAGAACUGCUGGUACGGCAUGGCGUGCCGAACUCAGAAGCACAACAUGAACCACGCCGCCCGACUUAAUCAUAUCUGUGAUCGAACUAGAUUCUGA